AUGCAUAUUCAGGACGAAUCGUUUGUUGGAUUCGGAAUUCGUCCCGAAGAGCAACAUAUCACCGAGGAAUGGUUUCACGGGCAUUGUGAACGAGAGGAAGCCAAAGAACGAAUACUGCAACACAAAUCUCGAGGGAACGGUUUGUUCAUGGUGAGAGACUCAAAUCUUUUCAUCGGUGACUACUCCUUAACAAUUUUGCACGACGAGAAGGUUCAUCAUGUUCGAAUCAAGACAAGAAUCGUCGAUAAGGAGAAGAAGUAUUACUUCAUGGAAAAUAAAGUGUGUGACACGUUGUACGAACUGGUAUCAUACUACACCCGCAACUAUCUCACUACUCCGACAUUCAAAAUGAUUCUCACAACUCCAUGCCCUCAACCGCAGCCUCACCUCAAUCAGCCGUGGUUUUCGCAGACAGCUGACAAGGCCAAGGCUGAAGCCCUUCUCAGUCAGACGUCCGAGGAUGGGGCGUUUCUACUGAGGUACUCCAGCAGUGACAGAAGUGUCUUCGUCCUAUCAAUCAGAGUUGAUGGCGAGAUCUGGCAUUAUCGACUUAAGCGUGACGGGCGCAUAUUUGUAGUGAAUCAGACAGUUUUCGAGAACUUGAACCAGAUCGUGGAAUAUUACCGAACUCGAGAAUUCACGCGUGGAAUCUCUCUAAGGCUUCCAGUUGGCGAGAAUGAUAUGAGUCUGGGACUCGGUCAAAUGGAUAUCGUACAGGGCAGCUAUCAAGAGUUAUCUCAACUUGAGGAGAAAGAUACCUCAGUACUGGCGAACAGGGCACAUCAUCGUUGUGGAAAUCACACAGUUGUGUCUGGUGUAGAGGAGAAGAGAGUCGUAUUUCGCCCUGGGGGAGGGGUAGCGAGUAAUUACAACACAAUCGAGUUAGCUGGAACGGUAGUUGAACGGGUUUCUGAUGGCGAGAAACAGCAUGUCAUCAAAAUCUCUCAUAGCGCUCAGCAAUGGAGCGGACAGCAAUGGCUUUUGGCUGCCAGAUGUGAGUUCUAG